AUGACGCUAAUAUCAUCAAAAGCGUUCAUUGAAAAGACUUUGAAUUUUUUUUUCUUUUUUAUUUUCAAUUUAAAUUUCAAUUCGUUCCUAUUCCUCUUUUCGCUUAUUCCCCUUCCUUCUUCUUCUUCUUCUUCUUCCUCGUCAUUUGUUCUUUUUUCACCUUUUAAUUUUUUUUUUUUUCUUUUUUUUUUUUUUCAUUUCUUCUUCAAUUCUUUUGUUCCAUCAUUUAAUUAUUUUUUUAAUAUUUUUUUUUUUUUUUUUUCUUUUUUUUUUUUUUUUUUUCUUCUUUCUACGUAUAUUUCUCAUUCUCUUUCUCCAUUUUAUUCUUUGAUUUUUGUCUUUUCUCUUUCUUCUAAUUUUCUUUUCUUCUUCCUCCUCUGUUUCUUUUUUCAUAAUCCUUUUUUUUUUUUUUUUCCUCCUCCUCCUUUCUUUUCUUCUUCUUUUCUUCUUCUUCUUCUUCUUCUUCUUCCACUUUCUUUUUCUUUUUUCUUUUUCUUUUCUUUCUAA